UGCUGUUUUCCUCUAGUCUAAUAUCUUUCUCUUUCUCUUUAUUUUGGUUUGACAGGUGCCCCCAUUUUCUUCCUCAUUUUCUCUUCUCUUCUCUUCCUUCUUCUCUAUCAAAGCAAAAGUUCUUCAUCUGCCUCAGUGAAAACACAACACAAACAAACAAUCAAACAACAGCUUAAUGAUAUGAAGGCGGGCAAACAGUUUGAUGUGGGUUUUGCUUGAUUAAAGCUAUUUAGUUGAAUUUUGGCCAGAUAUUCAUGUUAUGCUGAAGCAUAAGUUUAGAAGGGAUAGCUGUGGAGAAGAAGAAGUUCUUGUGACUGUUGGAGAAACAGCACAAGAAGGGAGAAAACAAUCUGCAGAUGUUAUCCAUUCAAAAUUCUUCACCACUCAUUCCUCAAUUAGAAAUUUCCGGUCUUAAAAGCAGUGAUGAGACGCUUGUUCCUUCUUCUUCUUCCACCUCCUUUGAUAAUAACAAAGUUGUUUCCAUCCCAGAUGAACAUGUAUUGACCAAGGGCCCAACAAUUAACAAAUUCUCUAUAAGGGAUUACGUUUUCAAAUCUCGGAGCAAGGAUAUCAAGAAUAGUUGGCCAUUUUCAGAGAAAAGUUUGCAGAUUUGCUUGAAGAAUGAUGUCAAACAUCUGUUGCCACCUUUCCAAUCUUUUGAUUCCAUGAAAAAUCAUUAUAAUAGCCGCUUUGAUGAAGAAGAUGAAGUAGUAAUAGUAAAUAAUGAUAGUCAUCAACAAGAAGAGACUCCUAUAUUUCCUAUUCCAUGCAGUUCAUCUGUAAUUAUCAACAAACCCGAGAAUACCCUUCAACCUCCUCCUCCUCCUCCAGUUAAGAAGUGUAGGGUUGUUAAUCGUCUUGAUCCGAACUCAAAGGAAUUGGUAGAUACUAUGAAUUUUGCUGAUCAUGCAAUGGUUUCCAAAAUUUGCCCGGUUUGUAAGAUUUUCUCUUCGUCUUCAAACACAACCUUGAAUGCUCAUAUCGAUCAAUGUCUUUCCACUGAAUCAUCAAACGACAAGCUGGCAACGUCAGAUCCUAGGCCACCACCACCACCGACGACUUCCAAGAACAAAAUAAAGCCUAGGAAGAUGAGAUUGAUGGUUGAUAUCUAUGUCACUGCCAGACAUUGUACUUUGGAAGAGUUGGAUAGGAGAAACGGAACUAGCUGGGCCACGAGGCCCAUGCCCAUUCGAGAGGAAGCCAUCGACAAGUCUCAUCAUAAGGAGGAGAAGCUUUCGGUUUCUAAGGCUGUUGUUCAGAAAGAUAAUAACAGUGAUGAUGGUGAAGUUUACAUUGAUGCCAAUGGCACGAAACUGAGGAUUCUAUCGAAAUCUGAUGAUAAACCGGUUGAGGGUUCUACUACCAACAAGAUUUUGCCAGGUAGUAAGAAAAGGCUUCAUCAUCGUCAUCAUCAUAUGCAGAAGCUCCAAAAACCUUUGAAACUUGCUGAUCCUCAGAGCAAAAAGGCCAGCUUUCCCAAGUCUUCAAAUAAUCUAGAGAUUCCUAGAGAUCCCGAAAUGAAUUUCACAUCCAGGAAAAGUUGCAAUGUUUCUGAAAAAACGGAGAAGUCAUUUAAAGCACAGCAACAUAAGAAAGACCGCGAUUUCACACCAAUAAAGAAAUGGGCAUGUGCUAAACGCACCAAUUUCUUUAACAGGACUGCCAGAAAAGAAGACUCUCCUCAGAAGCUAGGUCUCGAAUGUCAUUCCUCAGAUGGUCCAGUCAUGGAAAAUAGUUUUUCCAAUAAAAGGAUUCGGAACUCGUUUGAGAGUAUUACUCCAUUUUCAUCUCCUGAAAGCAGUGAAAGAAUGGAGAAGACUUGUGAUAAAGUGAAACAACCAUUAAACCGAAUCAGUUCCUUUCACGGUGGCCUCAAAGGAGGCGAUACUCAUGAAAUCGACAAUGCUGGUGAUGGUCAGCCGAAUGAAUUAGCUCUUGAUCUUCAUCGUUCUUCUUCGGAAAAAUCCAAGAAGUUCUCCUCUUUGCGUUCUGAAGACAACAAUAGCGCAAAAAGAAAAAUUCUUGUAAAGAAGAGGAGGAGAGUUGCAUCCAACAGUGGAGAAGAACUAGAAGGAAUUCACAUUCCUUCUCCCCAAACCAUUGGAUCUUUGUCGGGUAAUUUUCACAAAGAAGGGAAUCCUCAAACUAGUUUGAGCAACUCAUUGGUCAAUCCUUUGUGCCUGUUGGAAGAUAAUAUGAGCGAUGAUCAUGAUCAUGAUCUGUAUAAUGCAAAUCAUGAAAUGGGUAAUCCUUUGAUAUUGGAUCUGGAAGAGGUUGAUCAUGAUCAUGAUCGGGUAAUUACAGGAAACGAAAGUAGUAAUUACUUCCAUGGUGUCGAUCCUAUACCUAUUCCCGGACCUCCUGGGUCGUUUCUACCCAGUCCAAGCCCGAUGGAUCAUAUGGGUGGGACGGAUGAACUUCACGGGAAUAAUUCGUCGCUAACUAACAGCAGUCUACCCGAAUCUUGUGAAAAUCAGUACCUUGAUAAUCAUGAUCAUGUUGAUAACGUCAGAGAUUCAUCGGAUUCUCCAACUUCUCUAGCAUCAACCAUCUCUAGCAGAGAAAACUUUUCAAAGGUUAAUCCUCCUGAUGCGACAAAUAAUAUUAUUCAUUCAGAGAAAUUAGCCGAUCAAUUAUGCUGCUGCGCUGCUAGGAAAGAUCAGGACGUUAUAUGGAAACAGAUGACGAGUGAAGAUCCAAACAGAAAUAGGCUAGAUCAUGGUAUCCAUGGCCCUGAUCAUGAAUCUUUGAAAAACCUCAAACUUGAUCCUGACCUAAUAAUAAAGUUCCCCAUCAAUGGUGAAUGCAGUACUUCUUCUGUAAGUCCAUCAUCCCCGAAUCCAGUUCUCAGGCUAAUGGGAAAGAAUCUGAUGGUAGUGAACAAAGAUGAUAAUAGUUCAAUGCAGCAGCAACAACAAUAUCGUCCACAAUGGACGUCAGAUUCGAUUAAUCCGAUUCAACAACAGCUGGCUGUCAACACCAAUAAUCACAUGGCAUAUCAACAAGCAGCACCCGUCUUUAAUUUAAGUUCUGAAUACAAUCGGGUCGAGAAUCAUCAACCUUUUGAUCAUGUCCGAUCUUAUAAUAAUAGUGGGUUUGAUAACUCAAUAUCUCAUUUGGUCGGUUCAUAUAAUUUUGUAAACGACCCACCAUUCAGGAGACCGACUCCUUCUGCUGCUGCUGCUUCUGCUUAUCAUCAUGAUCCCAUGAAGGAGAUAAUUGUCAUUGACGACACGCCUGAAACUACUAAAACUGACUCGGAUUCCGACGUAUUAAUGGGUGGGAGUGGAACGAGACAGAACUGGGUGAGGCCAAUGGUACCUGCAAACAAUACUAAUAUGAGUUCAAGGGAGAAGAUCCUCCCGUUUUAUAGGUAUCAUCAUCAUCAAACCCAGAAUUCAGGUCUUCCUUAUGGUGGAAUAUUGCCGUCAACACCUACUAAUGGUAGCUUCCAAAUGCCUAUGACGAGGUUGAACCGCAACUCAGAGGGAUCAUCGAAUUCGAAUAUGCAGACUGCUCAGAUCAAUCCUAAUUUAGUGGCUGCUACUACUCUACCUUCUGCAAGUCAUCCUGGAGGAAUGUUAUACUAUUCUCGCGGGUUUUCAUAGGAUCGUCGAUCGAGGAGAAGGAAGGAUAUUGUGCAUUGAAAACAAGUACUAGGGUUUUCCAAAUCUGAUGACAAGAUAUAGAGAUGAACGUGGGACAUGAUCAUAUGAAGUGUUGUUUUUUUUUAAGGCUUUUUCAGAUAUCGUCGCGAGAACUAAUAUUAUUAUAUAAGUAGUAGCAAAACUUUUGAACAAUAAUAAUAAGUUGGACUGAUGAUGAUGAAGUGAAGUCCUCUUUUGAU